AUUCGUAAACAAGUGUAAAUUUGCACACGAUUCACUACGCACCACCAUUAUGAAUUGAUGUAGCCAAAAUAUAUAAUACUGCUACUACCAGACCCGUAUAAUAUUAUUGCUUCGAUCGAAUUGAGAAAUAUAUCGUUUAUAAUGGACAUAAGCAGUUUGAUUCUUCUAUAACCCAACCAUGGCUGAAGCAUUAAAGACUGUCAUCUCCCAGAGUACAGAGUGUCCAGUGUGUCUUUCUACAUUUACUGAUCCCAAGAUCCUGUCUUGUUCUCACACUUUCUGCAAGACUUGCCUGGACAACCUCUUAGAGUGUCACGGUAACUGCCAGAUCCGAUGCCCUGUCUGCAGAGCUGUGACCCAGGUCCCAAACCAAGAUGUCGGCAAACUACAGGUAAAUCUUGCUUUGAAGAGUCUGAUAGAGGAUAUGGAGGGCCAUCCUCAGAUUUGCACAAAUUGUAAAUCAAAUGACAAAUCCCAUGCUGCUGUCUACUGCCAAGACUGUGGCAACUAUCUCUGCAUCUCUUGUCUUAAUACGCACUCUCAAUGGAAAGGCUUUAUCGAUCAUGAAGUCAUUGCCAUGAGUGAGAUCUCAUCAGGGAAGGUUUCAGUCCGUAAAUACCGGAAAUGCAGGAAACAUCCAAAAGAAGACGAGGGUUGCUUCUGUUCCAGCUGCAGGAGAUUCACAUGCUUCAGGUGUGUUGUUAUGGAACAUACGGGGGAAGGACACAAGGUCAUCGAGGGAACAGCUUACGAGGACAAACACACGAAGGGUAUGGAAGAACUUAAAUCAAAGGUGGACAAGAAACAAUCAUGCUUUCAGAAGUACAUUGAUUUUAUAGAUGAACAGACUAAAAGUGUUGACAAUGCCAAGAAACAGUGUACAAGUGACAUUAAUAAAGCAUAUGAUGAUGCAGUCCGGCAGUUGACAGUAAAGAGGGAAAGUCUAGUAAGAGAAGUCAAGGAAACGACCGAAGGAGUAAAGAAAGAACUGGAAAGUAUGAAGACCACGGCCCAGAAGCACAUCAAUCGGUUGGCGACCAUGGCUGAAAUGGUAACUAAGAAAAUAAAGAUUCCAUUAGAUAUGGAUACUUUGGCUGCACACGACACUCUGUGUGAAGAGUUACGAGAGGUCUUUGAUCAAAAGGAUCCUGACUACGAGCAGCCGAAGAAAUCGGGCAUAAAGGGGAAAAGUGUCAAGUUCAAGAGAAAUGUUGGAGUGGAUAAGCUAGGCCUUGGGAAGAUUGUGAAUAUAGUUGAAAGAAACGUCGCCUUACCCACUAAUAAAACAUUUAAUGAAAAGGACGUUUGUUUGCCUAUGUAUAAUAUUGAUAAUGUAAAGAAGGUUGCUUUGCCAGCUCAAGAUAUGAAUACCAUGGUUGGUACACCAGACGGUAGGAUGGCCGUAGGAUGUGAUACAGGUGGCAUGAAAAUCUUCUCCACUGAUGGUCAGCUUCAGGAGACAGUUCUGAAGGAUGUUAAGAUUAAUACGGUAGGGUUCCUCUCUGAUGGUCGAUGUGUUGUGAUGGAUACUUCACACAACAUCACACUGUACACACCAGAGUACACACAAUUGAAUGUAAUGUUUAAGACUCUAAGUAAAGAUGGAGGUGGGUUUUCUGAUCUCACUGUUGAUGCUGAUGAUGUGAUCUAUGUGAGCUACCUGAAUGCCGAGAAGAUCCAGGUAUUUUCAACAGCAGGUGGGCAAGCAGUCAGGGAGAUACCAUGCAACGGGUAUGUACCAUAUCAAAUCACUAGUUACCAUGGUUCUCUGAUCAUUUUAUCAUUGUAUGCUAUCAUAUUGAUAGACAAACAGGGUGCUGUUCAACAUGAAUUAAAGAAACCUGAUAGUUGCCUUUACGCUGCUGUAUCUCAAUGGAAUACAAUCCUGAUAGCCAAGGUGAAGCAUAUUGAAGGUUUGAUGAGCAUUGACGAGUAUACAAAUGAACUAAGGCACAUUCGAAACCUUGUUAAUAAUUACAAGUUUAAGAAGCAUAGGAUACAUUGGUGUAACCUCCAGCAGUACCGAUCAGGAGAGAUCGCUUUCUGCACUCGGGAUAGACUCUAUAUAUUCCGCUUAAAAUAAUUGAUGACAUGAUAUCAUAAUUGUUAUCGCAGAAGAUGGGGGGGGGUGAUACCCACUAAGUGGCCAUUUUCUGCUAGAGUAGGCUGCUAUAAUGUUGAAAUACAUAAAACAAUCGUUGGAUCAUUUCUUUCUCUUUUUUUACCCAUAAAAAGCAUUUCGCUGCUUACAUCUUUUUUAUUUCCAGCUUUGCAUUUAUCAAGCAUCAUUUUUAUCAUGUUUAUCCUCUGUGUGGGGAAAUUCUAGUACUUGCAUAUCAGACAAAGUGUUGUUAAAUAUUUUAUGACAAACCAUAUGAUUCUCUAUUCAUAUUCAUGACUGUAUAUAAUAUUUGACUAGUAAUGCCAACAUUGGUGGUGAGAUCUUCAUCAUGCGCGUAUACUUGUAUGUUUUCAUAAAUUGAAAGAUAUCUAUGCUGUGAAUCAAUACAUUAUUAUAACGUGUGAAUAUAUAAAUAUUAUCUUCAUGGAGAUGGUCUGAUCAUCACUCUUCGAUAUUUUUCGGAGUGUGAAACAUUUAAAAAAAACUUAUUUUAUUUAUGAAAAUUGCACGAUAAAUGCAUAAAACAGCAUAUAGUCAUUGAAUCUCAAUUUCUAUUUUCAGCUUUCCACUUAAUAUCAAGCAUCAUCUUUAUCAUGUGUAUCCUAUGUGAGAGAAUUUCUCGUGCUUAAAAUAUAAGACAUAAUGUUAAAUAUACAUAUUGUAACAGUAUCCUGUUUAUGUGAUUUGUUCAACUGAUAACCUAUAAUGUUUAUUCAGUUAGAGGGCGCACUCUUGCUAAGUAAUAAAGUACCCCUUUCUGCCUCUGAUGUUCGAGUCAAGUAAAACCAUUUAACAACCCAAUCACAACUUGAAACACAUAUUUUAUGGGAAACCAAAUGUUUCUCUCUUCAUACAUGUCAUGUAUAUAAUAUUUGUCUAGCAAUGACUAUCGUGGCAAUGUGAUAUUUACCAUUGAUAUUAAUGAGUGUAUGCUAUACUGUUUAUGAUUUUAUGCAUAAAUUGUAAUAUGUCGUUAUUCUAUGCUAUUAUUCUAUCUAGACAUGAUUACACUGUGUAAAUAUAUAAAUAUCAUCUUCAUGGAAUUGGUCUGAUUCCUGCUCUUUAAUAUUUUUUUGAAGUGCUUCAAUUUCAAAAUGCAAUUAUAUAUGAUAACUUGAA